AUGGAGGAGCGGGAGCGGGGGGCGAGGUCGCCCGGUGCCGGGAGCCCAGCGCGCCCGCCCAGCCCAAGGUUGGAUGUCAACUCGGACAGCUUCGACCCGCUGCUGGCCUUGUACUCGCCUCGCCUGCCUCCCAUCCCCUAUCCUAACGCGCCUUGCUUCAACAACGUGGCCGCGUACGAGACCUUCCUCAGGACCGGGUGCCGGGGCGGCGGACGCGGGCGGGCGCGGGGCUCGGACCCAGCCUCAGGGGCCGCCGCCGCCGCUCGACCCUCGAGCAGGACCCGCCGCCGCCCGGACGCCCCCGCCCCGGACCCCGAGCGCAUCGAGCGCCUCCGCCGCCUCAUGGUGGUCAAGAAGGAAGGGGACGAGGCCGACCGGGAGGGCCGCCGGCCUCCGGGCCGGAGCAGGAAGGCGCCGCGCAACGUGCUCACACGAAUGCCCUUGCACGAAGGCAGCCCUCUGGGUGAACUCCAUCGUUGUAUCCGGGAGGGGGUGAAGGUGAAUGUUCACAUCCGCACUUUCAAGGGACUUCGGGGCGUCUGUACAGGCUUCCUCGUUGCAUUUGACAAGUUCUGGAAUAUGGCACUUACAGAUGUGGAUGAGACCUACCGAAAGCCUGUUUUAGGCAAAGCGUAUGAGCGGGAUUCUUCACUGACUCUCACCAGGCUAUUUGAUCGACUAAAACUUCAAGAUUCUUCCAAGAAGGAGGCAGAUUCUAAGUCUGCAGUUGAAGACUCCACUCUGUCUAGAUACUCCCAGACAUCUACUUGGAAGGUAGCUUCAGUGUGGGGAAGAGGAGACACUGACCGGGGUUCACGCAAACACUCCCGCUCCGUCCCUUCUUCUCUGCAGGCAUCUACAAGAGAGGAGUCCAGGUCAGAGCUGUCAGGGAGGACUCUGCGGACAGAAGGGUCUAGUGCGGGAGGUACCUUUUCCAGAGCUACCACACUUUCUAGGGGCCAGUCCCGUAAGAAAAAGAGAAAGCCCAAAGUAGAUUACCAGAAGGUAUUCACUAGACACAUAAAUCAGAUUUUCAUUCGAGGUGAAAAUGUCCUCUUGGUUCACCUUGCACAGUGACCAGCUCAGCCUCACUUGAGCUUUGGCUUUUAGAAAUAAAAUGCAUGAAUCACUGCUAUGCUGUAUCCUAGUAUCCCAGUGAAACCCUGAGUUGGAAUGCUUCCCUCUGGUGCUGCAUGUGCUGAGGAGAGAGCCAGGCUCGGGCUCUCUGGGAGAUGAGCUCCCUCAAGGGGAGACAGGCCUCGGGAGGGGGGGUGUUUGCAUUAAUAACAAGGCAAAAGCUGCACGUGGGUACACACAUCUAAUUUGGUAUCAUGGUCUACUUCAGACACUCAAACCAAAUAUAAGAUCUUCCAUUUGAAUCAGGAGUUACAGUGUCAAUUGAAUUCAGCCCAUGGACUCUAUCGCAUGGGGGAAAGAAGCACUCAUUUUAUAAGCUGGUGCCCUGAGUACUCAUGAAUUAGAAUAUCAGGGUAGCAGUACACAUUGCCCUGGAGCCCUGCACACACACUUUGUAACUGACUGUUAAAUUUUGCUCUACACCAUUCUCUCUUAAUUAAGAACUGUAAUCUGUUAUCUGUGGAUAUCUAUGAGAUCUAAGAAAGCUACCAGCUUAUAUAAGGGUAAAAUUUGAAUAGUUGGUAUGCUUAAAACAGCCAGCAAUGAAUGCCCUGUUUUUAUCCCUCUCCUUAUUAUGGAAAGGAAUAUGGGACCUCAUCGGUCUUCCUGUUCCAGAGGUAACUUAUAUGAAUGGCAUACCAGGUGGGACUAUAAGAUGCUCAUGUGGUGGCUUCUUGUCCUUCUCUCUAACUUCUGUGGCAUGGUGCUAGUGCAUGUACCCUGUGUAUUGCCCCUUUGUGACCUGUCCUGUGAGCUCUAUGGCAAAGGACUGUGACCUUCAUGUCUGGCUUCAAAGAGAGUGCUGCAUGAACUCAGUAAUGUACGUGCCUCAUACAGCUAAGAGUCCCCUCUCCAGGCAGGGCUGGCCCUGUGUCGACUGUCUUUCAGAAUGGUUUCCCGUGAGACAGUGGUGGUAGUUUGUUAUUCCCCGGUGUCAGGCUAUAGAGGUUCUCACAAACAAGGGUGGGUCCUGCCUGUAAGGGACACUUCACUCACAGCCUGGCUCCAGUCACGGGAAUACUGCAGCACUCUUUAACACUACUUGAAUCAUGUUCAAGUGCAGAAUAGGUACUAUCUUGACACAGACUGUUAGGCAAUAUUGAUUUUCUUUUUGUUUUAUUUAUAUUUGGUUUUAUUUUAGAUAAUUCAUGUUCAAAGUGAGAGUAAGAAAUAGCUAACUAGUUAAAAUGCUUGAAAAGAAAAAUUUCCCCUGCUGCAUUUUUGUGUUCCUUAGAUAAGCCUUCUAAAAAACAGAGUGAAUAACGUUCAUGGAGCUAGGGUGCCUUGUCCUUCUGCCAGCUGGUCACUGGCUCAUCAUAUCACAAACGGAGGGCAGGCUUGGUCCCUCUGUGCCUCGGUUUUUCCCCAUGAGACAUUUACCUCACAGGAACACUGAGACAGAUAAUUUUAGGAAGGCAUUUCAAAGUCUCUAAACAUGUAAGUGUCAUGAGUAGUUUCUACUAACUCUGUUUCAUAGUUUGGUAAGAAUUCUUAUGAGCAAGGCAGGUGCUGCAUAAGAAAGUAAUCUCCGUAGUAUCAUAAUUAUGAUCCUGCUGUGGUCAGAAAGCAGUGAUAUCUUUAGGAACUCUUCUUCCCCAUUCCAUUCUGUGUCCUAAGGGACAUUGGAAGUUGCAGAAGAAUAUCGUCAACAAGAGGAGAGCAAUGUUUCAUUGCUGUUCCCCUGCAUCCUAGCCCCCACCCUUUUCUAAUCGUUACCUUGAAGAAUUCCCCUGAACUUUUUAGGGGUUCAUAUGACAGUACCAAAGGGAGAAUAAGCAUCUCAAAAUGACAUAUCCCCAAAAGGGGAUUUGUGGAAACUCUUCUGUUUGUUUUUAUUUUAAAAUGUAUCUUAUAUAUGUUUUUAGAGCCAGAGCAGACGCACUAAACAUUCAGAGAGGUUCCAUAUCACAGACUUGAACAGUCAAUCAUCUUUGGGAUCUGCCAAUCUAAUCUCUUCUAACUAGUGUGUCUAAAAUCUCAGUUUCCCAAUUAAUAGUUGUCUUGUUUAAUCAUCAGGCACCCCAGGGUCUACCUCUUUACCAGUCUCCCCUCUUCGGCUAUCGCCAUCUGUCUGCCCUCUGUUCCUCUGCUAGAAGUUGUAAUGGAUACUAGAUUUUCCCAAUAAAGUGGAGAUUUGAAAUCAAAAGGAAUAUAAUCAAUUUCUAUUCAUUCUAGUGCCUGAUUAAAUCUAACUUGACUUAUUUUAAACACAUGCUUUUUUUCAUGUUUGUAUACAAUUUUCAUUUAUCCAUAUAAGGAUUGAUUUACUUCUUUUCUGCCCAACUUGAUAAUUCCAGCUCUGAAAAUUAUUUUAAAACUCUGUGACUUGAUUCAUGUGCCCAUUUAUUUGUUUAGUUUGGACAGUGAUUUUGGAAUGAACGAACUAUCUAGUAAUGUGCUAUUUUAUACAAAGCAUGAUACUUUUUUAGAGAAGUCUGUUUUUAAAAAUAAUUGCCUUUUUCUUUAUUAUUGGAGAAAUUUUUCUUAAGGAAGAAAAAAUACGUCCUAACAAUGUAUAUGCUGCUCAAAAGAAUGUGAUAAUCUAGGCCAUUAUAGUAAAUUGCUAUGGACACAACUGAAGUCUUCCUCAGGAGGAGAGAGAAGGGGGCAGUAACAGCAAGAAAGGUAGGGUUCUGGAGGCCCCCCCACCGGCUUUCCUCACGGGGCUCACUGCCUCUGCAGUGCAGCAAAACUGGCUUCUCAUAUUCAGAGAUUUAGAUUUGGGAAACUUGGUUGGAAUAGCACUUAUUUUUGAACAUCCAACUUUGGUUCUUCAAAGUAAUCUCUAUACAUGGGAAUGUGUUUUCUAGACAUUUUCACAGGGCAUACCUAUAUUCUUGUUGAGGUCCUCUCAGGAGUUUCCAGCAUUGUUAGGUAAGAACAAGGGAUUAAGAAAUGGAAGAUAAUGAUUUCAGCACCCAGAAACCGUGUGCCAUUCUUUGCACAUAGAGGUAAUUCUGCUCUGCCAUGAGGAGAACUUGCACUUUAGGUUGUUGGUUCUAGUGUCUGGGAAGCAUUUAUGCUGCUUCUCGGAAACCAUCUUAGGACAGAAGUGGACUGUUGGCGAGGUAGCCAGAGUUAGCAGCGUCCAAUCAGUACCCUGCUCUCUGUGCAUGGUGCAUGUCAGGUCAGAAAGCUUAGAAACCUCUCGCAGUAAAGUCGAGGUACACAGGAGUCCUUGCUAUGAGUUGUUAGUGGAUCAAGAGGGCUUUUAUCUAUUUUUAUGGUGAAAUAGUCCAGGAGCACUUUUAGAGACUGUCAGGCCAUGAGCUAUGAGCUAUGAGCUGCCCUUGAUCCUCAGAAGCCUUUCAGAAAUGUGGGUGUACUGCUUCUGUCCCUUGAGAAAAAAUAGAAACCUAACUUGAUGAAGAGGAGAUAUUUGUAUUCCUGUCUGCACUAUGCCUAUAGCAGCUGACAUGGGUAAAAUCAUGAAAUAGAAUAGGUGCUGUAAAUUACUACUUUAAAUUUGAAAAAUUUAAAUUAUUCAGGCAGCUAGCUGUCACUGAUGCUGCCCUAAAGUUUUCCCAUCCUUUGUGUAUUUUUUAUGAAUGAGAUUGCUGUGGGAGGGUCAAGGUUUAUAUAAGGGGCAUCAUAAUAUAAAUACAGCGAUUUCCCAAUUGUAAUUUUUCUUUUCCUGUGUCAGAUACAGAAUGCAGUCAACCCCUUUCAGUAACUUCUGUUCAUCAGCCCAUGUUUUUCUGGGCAGUAACUCCCAAAAGGCUUUCUUAGUAAUUGUAAAGCAAGAAAUUCUUAUCUGGGCCUAUGUUGCAAAGGUUGGUGGUCUGUCACUGCUUUCUGGACAAUUGAGUUGAUGGAUUUAAGAUAAGCCUUUGGGGUUCCUGUCACUGUUUCCUUCUGAGGAAGGGUUGCGCCUUCUUUACUCUCAGUGUUUUAAGUGUUUUUCAAAUGUUUGUAAAUUCUCUUGCACUCCUCUAAUAAAAAUGAAAGCUCUCUCUCAAGAAAUGGCAUUGGAUGAUUCGGAGAUCUGGGGGAGAAAACAAGUACACCCGAGACCUUCAGUCGGUCUUUUAUUUGUUGAGAAUAGAAAGUAGUUUGAUAAGCAACCAGAGUUAGUGCUGCUUUAAAAAUACUCUCUGAAAAGAUGGGACUGUCCCUCAGGAAAGCUAUAAAAGCUAUUCCCAGUACAUUGCAGUUGCCUUUGAUUUUCAGUCCUUUGGAGCAAACAUCUGAUGUUAUGUUUUUAGAGCUGUGGGGUAAAAAUGUCUAAAAAUUUUAAGAGAUUUUAUUUAAACAAUGAUUAUCUGGCUGAAUUAUGUGUGAGCUAGGUUCUAGGACAGAUGUCCAGUUCUUUUUCUGUUGUCCUGACAAUAAAGCAGAUAGUAAGUGAUGUCUUGAAAAGUGAUUUACUUAUUUCAUACUGACAUCUUAAGACAUUUGCCUUCGGGGCUACCCUGGGGAUACCCCUCUGCACCGUGACUUAUUACUGUUUUUUUAGACAAGGCUAAACCUGGAUGACUCUGAAUUUAUAGUUUUUCUAUUCAUAUACCAGCUGCUAAAAGAAAAACUGUGACUUAUAAUCUUGUCUCAAAAUUACUCCUAAUGAUAAGUUCACUUAACCCCUUCCUGUUUAGGGAGGAUUGCUGCUAGUAACGUCAGUUUGCAAUGUUCUGCUUUAGAUAUGUGCCAUACGGGAUCUGGAAACUGUAAUAAAUAUGAUUGUAUUAAUGUACUGGCUGCUUUGUCUCUGCUGAUUUUG